GUGUGUGUAUGAACCGAGCACCUUUUCGGUAGUGUUUUGGCCUGUUAGUGGGCGGCGAGUGUGCACCUCGCUAGGACCAUUGUUUGUUGCUUGAGUACUUUAGGUACUGUGUUUGACAUGCAUUAGAAUUAAAUUAUAUUUAUUCGGAGUGCUAUGUCCGGGUCCAUGGACUUCGGGGUAGCAUCCCAUACCUCGCUGAGCGAUUCCCCUGUCGCUCACCCCUCAUUCUUUCCCCCUUUUAGGUGAGACCGAUGAGCAGGAGUGAUUAUCGGACCGGUGCUAUUGGGCUUUUGGGCUUCUAUCGCUUUUACCGCUUUUAUCUUUAUCGGGCCUUUAGGCCUUUGGACUUUUAUCGUCUAUGUUAUUCCUAUUUCAGACUUUCGGUUUAUAUCGUAUUUUAUAUUUCAGAUGUUAUCGAUGUUGGGCUUUUAGGCCUUUUGUUACCGUAUUGACUUUUAUAUUAUAUGAAGAUUAUUAUUAUUUGAGUUGUAUUAUUAUUUUAUUUCCGCUUUUAUCAAUUUAUUAUAUUUUGAAAGUGGCGGGUGUCACAAAAACUUUCGAUGAAUGAUAUCAUUUAUCUUAGUUCAGACGAGGAGGAUGAUGAAAUAGUCGACCACACUGAUGUGUUUGACGAUGAGAAACCGAACCUUACUGGUCAUCGGAAACCAGUUUCCUCGAAUGUGAUGGUGGAGGAAGAGGACGACGAUUGUGUAGUCUUGGAUGGUGAUCCUUACAAGACGAAGGAGAAGGAGACUACAUUUCACACAUGUGAAACUGAUGAUGAUAUCCUCGUACUAGGGCAAAAGGGUGAGAUAGCAUGUAGAGACUUCCCACAUCCACGACAUGCCUGCGCUAAGUACCCUUUCAAGUCGACAUCACACGACCAGUACUGUGACAUGUGUCACUGUUAUGUUUGUGACAUACGUGCUCCAUGUCCUCACUGGUGCAUAGGUAUCCCCGCCUAUGAUCACUGCCAUGCCAAUGAUAAAGAUCAGAUAUGGAAGAAUCAACGCAAAUGCGCCAGGACCGGAAAUGUACUUCCACCUCAAUCUAUGCAACAAAACACUUGGUAUUCCUCUGUAAACCAGUUUGGGCCAUCUACUAUGGUUGCGUCUCGCCCAAACACGUACAUAAGUUCUGGUUACAGACCCGAGCAACCAAGGACCUUUCCGCAAAAUCUACAACCUCGUGCUCCUCAGCUAUACCAAAACCAAUACGGUUGGUUUAAUAAUGGUAACCCAAUCCCCCAAGUGUUCUCGUCCAGAUCGCUCACAUGGACUCAAAGGCCAAGUGUAGGAGCUACUCCUGUGGAAGUUGCUCAAGGCUUUCCGUAUAACCGUUACGUUACUCCUCCCACGGUUUUACAAGGCAAUUCACAGCAGACGUUUGCUGAUUAUACUCUAACAUCAUCUCACACUAAUGGUUACGCUAGAAAAUGUAGCUGGCCAAAUGCAGUUCCGUGUGGAACUCCUAAUCCUCCGGCGAAUCAGCAGCAACAACAACAACAAAGAAGAAGUGUCAACAAAGCACUGUCGGAGAUUGAAGACUGGCUCAUGGACAUUGGACAGUAUUGACCCGGCUUGUCCCUUGUCUGGUCAAUCCAAUUCUACGACAUUCCAAUUCGGUUUCGAAACCUUCUUUGGAUGAUUUGAACAUUAGGAUUGUCUUGAUUUUCAUAAUUUAUUAAAAUUUAGAAUUAGUAUGUACAUAGGUAGUAUUAGCCAAGAGCUUUUUGGUUAGGACGUUAAGUUUACGAAAACAUUUCGUUAUCAGUCUUUUAUUUUUAUAUAUUUGGACUUAUUUCAAUAUCAAUCUAAGUGCAUUAUCUUUUGAUUGAUUAAACAUGGUACCGUUCAAGUUUGUAACAAAAAUAAAAUAGAUUCCGUCAUUUGUUUAUGGUAAAUCACCCAAUAAAGAAGUAAAUUUCAAAAAAUAUAUAUGGUCAAGAUCUUUGCACAAAAGAAAAUAUACAGUCCACAGAUUACAAAUACUUCAUUUUUGGGAACUUUAAAAACAAUUUCCUUUGAAAAAAGUGCGGCAUUCCAUAAUUUUAGUGAAGAAAAGUCAAAUAAACAUUAAUAAUGGAAAAUCAGUUACCAGAAUCUUGAAUUUAAAAAAUAUUCCUUCAGUUUAUAAUUAUUUUCUGUUAAAUAAAGAAAGAUUCAAUUCUCUAAAAGAUUCAAACAGAAUCUCGAGAAUCUCUCAGCCUUCCCCUUCUAUAAAAAGACUAAUAACCUCUCUCACAUUCUUCUUCAUUUCUAAAUUCCACCAAUGGCGUCGACUCUCUCUUGCUCCGCCUCUGAUCUCAUCCCCUUACUAUCAGGCGGAGCCAACGCCACCGCCGCAGCCGCCGCCGCAGAAUUCAUCUGCGGGAGAUUCGAAACGAUCUCCGGCAAAUUCACCGACGCGUCUUACGCUAUAGACAACACUUACCUCCUCUUCUCCGCGUACCUCGUCUUCGCAAUGCAGCUCGGCUUCGCCAUGCUCUGCGCCGGCUCCGUCAGAGCCAAAAACACGAUGAACAUAAUGCUCACGAACGUCAUCGACGCCGCCGCCGGAGGUCUCUUCUACUACCUCUUCGGCUUCGCCUUCGCCUUUGGCUCUCCGUCCAACGGCUUCAUCGGAAAACACUUCUUCGCCAUGAGCGGCUUCCCGAAGGCUUCGUUUGAUUAUCCUUACUUUCUUUAUCAGUGGACGUUCGCCAUCGCCGCCGCGGGGAUCACCAGCGGGUCCAUCGCCGAGAGGACGCAGUUCGUUGCGUAUUUGAUUUAUUCGUCUUUCUUAACCGGGUUGGUUUACCCGAUCGUGUCUCAUUGGUUCUGGUCUAGCGACGGUUGGGCGUCUCCAACUAGAGCUGAUAACCUUCUGUUUCAAUCAGGGGUGAUUGAUUUCGCUGGAUCCGGCGUCGUUCACAUGGUUGGAGGGAUAGCCGGUUUAUGGGGAGCGUUAAUCGAAGGACCGAGAAUCGGCCGGUUUGAGAAUAGAGGUAAACCGGUUACGUUGCGUGGUCAUAGCGCGACGUUGGUUGUGCUUGGUACGUUCUUACUCUGGUUCGGUUGGUACGGGUUUAACCCCGGUUCGUUUGCGAUUAUUAACAAAUCUUACGGUGCGUCUCCGGGAAGUUCGUUUUACGGACAGUGGAGCGCGGUCGGGAGAACAGCUGUUACAACUACUUUAGCUGGAUGCACGGCGGCGUUGACGACUCUGUUCGGGAAAAGACUUAUUGAUGGUUAUUGGAACGUGACUGACGUGUGUAACGGUUUGCUAGGCGGGUUUGCCGCGAUAACCGGCGGUUGCUCGGUUGUUGAACCUUGGGCGGCGGUUAUCUGCGGGUUUGUAGCUGCAUGGGUGCUAAUGGGAUUCAACAAGCUAGCUGAUAAGUUGAGAUACGACGAUCCUUUGGAAGCGGCUCAGCUUCACGGUGGUUGCGGCGCGUGGGGGAUUAUAUUCACCGGUUUGUUUGCGGAUAAAACGUAUGUUUCAGAGAUCUUUGGAGGCGAUCCGAACAGGCCUUACGGGCUAUUGAUGGGAGGGGGAUGGAGGUUGCUUGCGGCGCACGUUGUCCAGAUUGCGGUGAUUACGGGGUGGGUUAGUGCGACGAUGGGGACUUUGUUUUUCGUGUUGCAUAAGCUGGAGCUGUUGAGGAUACCGUCGGAGGAUGAGAUCGCCGGGAUGGAUCCGACGAGUCAUGGCGGGUUGGCUUAUAUGUACACUGAAGAAGAGAUCGGGAAUGGGAUUAUGGUUAGGGAGAUGGGUCGUGAAAAUGAACAUGUAUAAUUAGGUGUUCUUUAGUUUCUUCAUUUUAAUAUAGCUACUCUUUGGUCUCUGAUUGUAUAUAUUUGCUCCUUUUGCAUUGGAGUAAAUUGUUCUAGUUCGGCUGUUUA